UCUGGUCCUUACACAGACUCAGAAAGAAGCAACCAUGGUGCUGUCUCCCGCCGACAAAUCCAAUGUCAAGGCCGUCUGGGACAAGGUCGGCGGCAACGCUGCCGAGUAUGGCGCUGAGGCCCUGGAGAGGAUGUUCCUGAGCUUCCCCACCACCAAGACCUACUUCCCCCACUUCGACCUGUCCCACGGCUCUGCCCAGGUCAAGGGUCACGGCAAGAAGGUGGGUGACGCCCUGACUAAGGCUGUGACCUAUGUGGACAACCUGCCUAAUGCCCUGUCUGACCUGAGCGACCUGCACGCCUACAAGCUGCGUGUGGACCCUGUCAACUUCAAGCUCCUGAGCCACUGCCUGCUGGUGACUCUGGCCAGCCACCACCCCUCUGAGUUCUCCCCUGCCAUCCAUGCCUCCCUGGACAAGUUCCUGGCCUCCGUGAGCACCGUGCUGACCUCCAAAUACCGUUAAGCUGGAGCCACGCCUAUCCCUACCCUGGGCUGGGGCCCCUUUGUGCUCUGGGCACCCUCACUUCCUGAUCUUUCAAUAAAGUCUGAGUGGGCUGCAACCUG